AUGACCACUGCCUGCUUAUCUUUGGAAGCGCACUUCUUGGAGAAGGAAGCCCCAAGUAAGCCGCUCUACGAACCAAAAAAAAAAGAAAAGGACUUUGACACAUUUGAGGAAAUACGCAGCCCAUUUUUUGAACACUUUGACGAGCUUCCUUCUUUUAAAGUACCGGUACUUUCUAUGCUGCUUGAGCCUAAGGUAAGAUUUUGCCAGCUAAUCCCCACCUCAUGACUCACUUUUUUCUUUCUAGAAACAAAAAACUGCACAGAGUUGAAUUGAAUUUAUUACAGACCCAGACCAGACUCACAUACCGUACUAAACAAAUCAGAACCACAAUAAGUUUAAAUUAACAAUCAAUAUAACGAUAAACAAUACAGUUAUGGCAGCAGUUAAAAUAUCAGAGAUAUGUGUAGCUUUCCCCCAACUCUUUGUAAAGCAAAAAGUACCGUAUUUUUUGUUCUAUAAGACUCACUUUUUCCCUCCUAAAAAGUAAGGGGAAAUGUGUGUGCGUCUUAUGGAGCGAAUGCAGGCUGCACAGCUAUCCCAGAAGCUAGAACAGCAAGAGGGAUUGCUGCUUUCACUGUGCAGCGAUCCCUCUUGUUGUUCUGGCUUCUGAGAUUCAGAAAUUUUUUUUUCUUGUUUUCCUCCUCCAAAAACUAGGUGCGUCUUGUGGUCUGGUGCGUCUUAUAGAGCAAAAAAUAUGGUAGCCACUAAAGUCUGGGUUCAGGCAUGGAUGAAAGGCAAGUGGGGAUGACCAGCCCUUUUCCUUUAUGCCAUUUGUCUGCUCAAAAUCAUACAGAAAACUACAAGAGGCUCGCUCCCCCCGCCACAAACACACACUUUGCAGGUCUUUACACUUUUCUUUUGCCAGGAGAAAUGCAACUCGGGGAGCAAUUCUGGGCAGGGAAAAAGCUCCCAGUCAACAGGGAAAGUAUUAAGAACCUUAUUCCACCCACCUUUGUUCCUUUUUGCAGACCCAGUGGAUGUUUUUUGUUCUUUCCCCCCCUUUUUAAAAAGAAAAAUGUCAAAAGGAAAGUUACACAGAAUUCCAUAUGUAAUUUUGACGACGUUACAACAUACCUGUUUUCAGAUUGCCUGGUCUUCUCCUUCCUGGGCCUUGCUCUUUUGUAGGCAACCCCAGGGGAAGAGAAAAGAUCACUAUCAACAUGGUACAAACCUGCCCAGACAUUAUCACCAUUUUAUGUGGCAAAAGCUGCUGCAUUUGCCAAGCAUUCGCUGUGCGACGAAAAACAUGGAAAGGUGCGUUCAGUACUAGCACCCUGA